GUGAGCCGGGCUGGCUCUACCGAUGGUGCUCAGGUGCCCCCUGCGCAGGAGUGCCAGCUUUACCUCAGAGUCCAGGCUCCUCCAGGGCGAGGCGUCCAGCUCCAGUGAUCUUACCAUGGAAGCCAAGGUGCUGGUGAUGGGAGCAGCCGGUGUCGGGAAGUCAGCCCUGACCGUGCGCUUCCUGACCGGCCGCUUCAUCGGGGAGUACGGGGAUCUGGAAUCAGUAUACAGCCACAGCAUGGCCGUGGAGGGCAGGGAGGUCCUCUUCCACAUCUGGGACGUUCCAGGCGAUCAGGUCCAGGAGCACAGGAGCCCCUCCGAAGAGAAGCAGGUCCAGUGGGCGGAUGGUUUUAUCCUGGUCUACAGCAUCUGCGACCGGGCUAGCUUCCUCCUCCUGCCCGCCAAGGUGCAGCUCAUAAAGGAUGCCAAGGAGGCCUUGGGCCCCAAGAAGGUGCCAAUCAUCCUCGUGGGGAACAAACGGGACCUCGGGCACCACCGGGCGGUGUCCAGGGAGGAGGGUCGGCUGCUGGCGCUCACCCUGGACUGCGGCUUCCAUGAGGUAUCAGCGGCAGAGGCCUUGGACGGGGCCCAAGCGGUUUUCCGGGGGCUGGCCCAGCGCCUCUGCCGUGCCAGACUGGCUCCCAAGAGGGGCGCGGGCAUCCGGGGCAUUGUCAAGAGCAUGUCGGCCGUGUUUGCCCGCAAGAGAACAGACUCUCUGUGAGCUGUGAGCUCUGUUCUGUGAGGCCUGAAGCUUCUUCCUGCUGCGCUGUGCAGCCGGGUCCAUAGCUGGACCGACCCUACAUGUCCCUAAAACAUCCCCUCUACCUCCAGGGUGGCCCCCUUCCUUACUGCCCCUCACCACCUCCUUGUCCUCCAGCUUCUGGUCCCAAGCGUGCCACCCUCAGGGCAAUUCUGACUCCAGGCUGCACGCGCUUUGGGCUGGAUUUGGGCCUGGUAGGGCGGUGCUGCCCCCCGAAGGGAUUCCAGCCUGCAAACUCAUGGUGAGCAGUGGACAGGUCUUCCAACUCUGCUCUAUUGUACUCUCUCAAGCACUUAAAACAGUGCUCUGAACACAG